AUGGCGCCGGACGCUGAUAACAACGGCGACGACGAGGACCCCGCCGCCGCGGCCCUGCGGGACCCUCCCCGGCAGGCCGGGCGCACCUACAUAAGCCGUCGGACCCCGUGUGCCCACUGUGUCGUGCGCAUGGUCAAGUGGAAGCCCCAGUCCGACGCCGAGGUUACCAUCCCGGCGGUGGAACCAAAUGCACUGGUUGCCGUGGAGCUGAUCGUGCCUGUUGACACCGUAACAAUGCAGUCUCGCAGGCUUGGCCUCGUUGUCAAGGCGAUCGAGUCGUCGGGCUACGCCGAAAACAAGAAGGAGCUCGAGGCGGCCCAAGGUGCUGCGCGACAGGCCCUCCGGGCUGAGCAGGUGCAGAAGAAUAAGAGGGCCGAGAAGCGCAAGGCAUCGUACAAUGAUGCCGCUGCGGACAGGAAGAAUCAACGCAUCGCAUGGGAGCGUGCAGCCGAUGUCCUGGAGGCCCUCUUGGCUGAGAAGGAGCAGAAAAAUAAGACCGUCGAGAAGAGCAAGGUGACGGCCGAGGAUGUCGCUGCAAGCAAGGAACGUGAACUCCUUGCCUUGGAGCGUAUGGCUGAGGCCGCGGAGGCUUCCGCUCGGUCCCUGUCUGGGCUUCAGGCGGUUUCCGAGCAGCAGGCUGCGCAUGUCGCGCAGCUCGUGGAAUGCCAAAAGGAGUUUUCCUCUCGUUACACCGCCGCCGUGAGAGCCGUCCUCACGAGGCCGGUAAUGAUGAUGCUGCAAGCCCUGGGCUAA